CAAAAGAAUAGGACAACUUGUUUGAUUCGGAUUAGGUGUCAGGCCCUUCUAAAACACUGUUAGAGGGUCAUUAACUACCAUGCGGGAGGACACAAGAAAUCCUUUAUUUAUAGAUGCUGCAAGGUUCUAAAAUCUGAGCUAACUAUACAAUAUCAAAUGGCAGCUGAGGAAUCCAAUAAUGGAGCUGAAGCUGCUGCUGCUGAUUGUGUUGCCAUCAUUUUUGGGGUCACCGGGCUUGUUGGGAGAGAAAUAGCCAGAAGGCUAAUCUCAAAAAACAAAUGGAAGGUUUAUGGCGUGGCUAGAAGGUAUGAGAGUUUUCCUAUCCUAAGUCCCAACUACCAUUUCAUCUCAUGUGACUUGCUAAACCCUCAAGAGACAGAAAACAAGCUCUCUAUGGUGCAAGAUGUGACUCAUAUGUUUUGGGUCACUUGGACAGGCGAAUUUCCUCUAGAUAGCAGAGAAUGCUGUGAACAGAACGAGGCCAUGGUGUCCAAUGCCUUGAAUGUCAUCCUCGCCAAAUCUAAGGCGUUGAAGCAUGUUUCACUCCAAACAGGAAUGAAGCAUUAUUUAUCAUUGAGAGGUCCUUUUGAUGUGAAACAAGUCUCUAUCUACGAUGAAAAAUGCCCAAGAACAAGUGAAGGUUAUAACUUCUAUUAUGUUCUCGAGGACUUGCUCAAGAAGAGACUAGCUGGUAAAGUGGCAUGGUCUGUGCUAAGGCCUGGUUUGUUGACGGGGAGCUCCAACACGGCUUUGUAUAACAUCAUGGGUUGUUUAGCUAUCUAUGGUGCUAUUUGCAAACAUCUGAACCUCCCUUUUGUGUUUGGAGGGACUAGGGAGUGUUGGGAGGAAGUGUUCAUUGAUGGUUCUGAUGCUCGGCUAGUAGCUGAACAACACAUUUGGGCAGCUACCGAUGAUGGAAUAUCUUCCACAGACGGCCAAGCUUUCAACGCAAUCAAUGGCCCAAGUUUCACAUGGAAGGAGAUCUGGCCGGUCCUCGGAAAGAAGUUUGGAGCAGAAGUGCCUGAAGAAAUGUUUUCAAACGACUUUUGGUUUGCAAAAGCAAUGAGUGACAAGAAGGAGGCCUGGCAAGAAAUUGUAGUGAAGGAAGGCCUGGUACACACAGAGAUGGAAGAUUUGGCUAACUGGGAAUUCUUGGAUAUCUUGUUCCGCUUUCCGAUGAAAAUGCUAGGAACCCGAGAGAAAGCUGACCGAUUGGGUUUUACGAUGAGAUGCAAGACAUUGGAAUCAAUCUUGUAUUGGGUUGAUUCCAUGAGAGAGGAGAAGAUGAUCCCUUGACUUGACUUCAUUUGGGUUGAACAAUGGACGAGAGAAUGUGGUGCGCCGCUAGUUGGCUCUCUCAGCAAAUAAAAAUUAUAGUCCCUUUAUAAGUACUGUUUGGCUGACUGAAUUAAAUAGUUCUCUCUUAUGAACAUGAAAUAUAUCGAUAAUACCAUAUGAUAUGAGUUGAUUAAA